AUGGUCUCGCCAUUGCUACUACAAGUACGAUUCCCGGAAUUUCUCACCGUCAACGAGGACUACGAAUUGGGUACUAUGAAGCUCCCAGAGCCACCAUCCGGUCUGGAUGAGAUGGAUGCUAAGGAUAAGGAAUUGGCUGAGCACAAAUUCGAGCAGGAUAAAUGGGCAAAAGUGUACGAAGUCGGCAGUGCAUCUAACAAUAUGGACGCUUGGGAGGCUUUGCAGAUACCAUCGUUCCUCCCAGAGCUCUUCGUGCGGUGUGGAGAAGUCUCGGAAGAGGGUGAGAUAUCGCUUCGCGCAUGUCUCAUCGAGAUUGCUGCUGUAUGGAAUAAGAUCGGCUUCAAAGGCGAGUGUCCGCUCAACUUCGGGGAAGAGGACCUGGAAAGGCACGAGGAACAGUUCCAAAAAUACAGUAACUACCAAAAAGUACACGAAUUUGCGAGGGGAAUCCUUGGCACGGAUUUCGAAAGCUGGAUCAACCCGAUGUUUGACUUCGCUGCGAAACAAAAGCAGAACAAAGAAUUGCUAGAAGAGUUCGUGCGCAGGAGCAGUGAAUUUGGCAUGACGCCGGAGGAGAUGAGGAGAAUUUGGCCGUACACGGAUCGGUCGUGA